ACUACACUUCCCAUGAUGCUAUGGGGCAAAAGGGGCGGGCCAUAUUCAGGCCUAGCGCAGACGGACGGACGCGGUAGCCAAUGGAGCCGCGGGCGGGGCAGCGUCUCGUCCAAUCAGGACCGUCCUGCUGCUGCUGCUGCUUCCCUGGGCUUGUGCGUGGCCAUCUGGCAAGGCGAGGGGCGAGCAGCCGGGGCCAUGGGGGGCAGCAGGAGGCGGAGGGCGGCCGGGCAGCAAAGUCCAGCGAGAGAAGCCCCAGCAGAGCCACCGGGGUCCCAGAAGAAGCAGAAGCAGGUGCUGAUCCAGCAGGCGCUCCUAAAAGACCCCAUAGACCUGGAAGGGCUGCGCCAGGCCGCCUUCAGCCGGGGGGGCCUCUUGACGGACGAGAUCCGGAGGAAAGUCUGGCCCAAACUGCUGGGAGUCAACAUCUACAGCCUGCCCCCCAAGCCAGGUCUGGAAGUGCGGCAGAACCACAAAGAUUACAACCAGGUCUUGCUGGACGUCCGACGCUCCGUCCGCAGGUUCCCUCCAGGGAUGCCCGAGGCCCAGCGCCAGGUCCUGCAGGAGCAGCUGACGGACGCCAUGCUGCACGUGCUGAGGUCCCACCCGGAGCUGCACUACUACCAAGGCUACCACGACAUCGCGGUGACGCUGCUGCUGGUGGCCGGGCAGCGCAUGGCCAUGGCUCUCCUGGAGAGGCUCUCCCUGCUCCACCUCAGGGACUUCAUGGACCCCACCAUGGACAGCACCAAGCACAUCCUCAACUACCUGAUGCCCAUCCUGCAGCGGGAGAGGCCCCGCCUCCACGACUUCAUGCACAGGGCCGACGUGGGCACCAUCUUUGCCCUGAGCUGGCUGAUCACCUGGUACGGCCACGUCCUGGCCGACGUCCACCACACCCUGCGCCUCUACGACUUCUUCUUGGCCUCCCACCCACUCAUGGCCGUCUACUUCGCCGCCGCCAUCGUCCUCCACCGCGAAGAGGAGGUCCUGGCCUGCGCGUGCAACAUGCCCAGCCUGCACCAGCUCCUCUCCCGCAUCCCCCAGGACCUGCCUUACGAGACCCUCGUCCUCCGCGCCCAGGAGCUCUUCCGGCGACAUCCGCACACCGAGCUGGCCAAGCAGGCUGCCCUCCAGAUCCACAAGAGCAUCAGCAUCGGCUCCUUCCCGGAGUUCCAGCAGGCAGCCUCGUGCCAGCGUCCGGACGCCAUCCUCCUCCGACAGCAACAGCAGCGCCGGAUUUCGCACCCGGGACCCGAGUCCCUCCUCUCCGCGACGGAGCACAGCCCGCUGGUCAAGGCAGCCGUCUGGGGCAUCUCGGCCACUUUGGGGGCCGCCGCCUUGGCCGUCACCCAGACCGCCUUGGAGUGGGGGCCCGAGUUCCUCCUCCAGCUCUUCUAGGAAGGACUGCGAGACCCAUCCGGAGCCAAGGUCCGAAUCCCCACUUUGCCCGACUGGGUGACACUCUCUCAGCCCCGGAAGGCCGCAAUAGUGGCCAACCUCCUCUGCACAGAUCUUGCCAAGGAAACCUGCUUGGAGACAA